ACAUUUGUUCUAUUUUGAAUUUUGAUUUAUGUUUGAGGUUAGAAAAUAAAAAUAAAAAUUGAUUAAUUUAUCAUUAUUCAUUAGAACAUUGAAACCACCGAGGUAAUAAAUUUGUAAAAUGAGUUAUUUGUUGCGGCCCUUUGUCAUACAACCGAAAAAUAUAUUAACGCGAUGCUAUAACAAAAUCGUAAUGACUGAUGAUGGCUCUACGAUAGUCGCACUCCACCGUGAAGAAGAGUUUCCUUACGAAUUUUCCAAACCCUUGCCAGAAGAGGCGAAAGAAGACAAAUCUGUGUUGAGAAUGAACGAUAUUGACGAAGUUAAAAGGGUUUUCAAGGAUUUAAAGCCUGAAUACGCUCGACAGCAGCUCGCCUCACUGACCCUAACUACAACCCACCGGUGGUUUCCUCGGGCGAGAGACAAGAAAGCUAAGAAAACCGAAAUGAACAGACCUUACCUAUAGAUUUUACUAUAUUCUUAAUUUCUUAGAUGUACAUUGUAAGUAAAAUAAAGUGCUUUAGUUUGUUGUGUUCAA